AUGACCGACGCCAAAGUUGUCGACGAGACGCCCAUCUCGCCAGUCCGCGAGGGGCUGGAGCGCCGCAAUAGCUUGGAGAAGCACCUGCAGCACAGGCCGGACCCGCAGGACCUGAAGAACAGGCACAUUCUGCUGGACACGACUGCUGCUCCGGCACUGCAGGCAAAGGCGCAGGAGCUCGAGCGCCAGCGUGCGACAGACAACCUUAAGAAAGGCCUCGCCCACCGCCCGGACCGCGAGACGCUCGUCGAGCGCCACAUCCUCCCCGACUCGAACGCCGCUCCAGCUCUCCAGAGUCAUCAGUUGGAGCUCGAGCGACACAUGCGUAAAGACAGUCUCGAAAAGGGCCUACAGCACCGUCCCUCACCCGAGGACCUGGUCAAGAAGGGCAUUCUCGAGGCCGACGAGAACCCUCUCAAAGAUGCAUAA